AUGCAACUCAUUUCAUCCACUUCUAAGGCUUUAGUGCUCGCACUUACUUGCGUGGGUAUUGCCUCCGCAAAAGUCUACAACUGCCCUGGUGCUCUCAAUGUCAAUGUGGUUGACGACAAGACUCUCGGCUAUUGCUGCAUCGGCUCUGACGAUGACUCAUGCGACAUGACCAUUCCAGUCACUGCCACCAACUAUGAUGCUCUUGUUUCGAGCGCCAGCUCCAAGAAUCUGAAUAAUAUCAACACCAGCAACGGGGGUAAUGGGGGCAACGGGGGCAGCGGUAUCAGCAUCAGUAACGGGGGUAGUGGCGGUAGCGGCGGCGCGCCUGGAGCUCCUGGAGCUCCAGGAUCAACUGACGCAACUACCACAAGCAAAUCGAGCCAGACCACUACUACUAUCUCGUCUCAGAAGACUAAUCCCGCCAGCUCAUCAGGUUCCUCCGCCAUGCCCGCCGCCGCUUCAACGGCCGCACAUACAACUAUCACUUCAGCGGCCGGAUCUACUAUAACUGUCACUUCUUCGACUAAGACUGGAGGUGCCGGAAAAAUGGACAUGGGAUAUGCCAUGGGUGGUCUUGCUCUUCUGGCUGGAGCUGCACUCCUGUAA